AUGAAGCAGACGUUAGGGGAAGGACUAAACUUCCUCUCAAAGAAUGUAGUGAAUAUCGUAAUUUUAGUGAUGUCCAUAAGUUGUGUCCUUCUAUUUGUAAAGAAAAAUAAAGAUGGGAAAAAAAAAGCAGAAAAUCUUUUUGAACUUUAUAUGAAGGCAAAUGAAAAUGAAGAGUUGAAGGGAGGACAGGAGGAUGGGUAUGGUGGAGGAGGAUCUAUGCAGAAAGCCUUCCUGGAUGAGAAGAGUAAAAUGUUGAAGCUGAAUAAAAUUGUAAAGCUCACUAACACGGUGAGGAUAUUCAUUUUUUCGUACCCAUGGGAGUAUACCGAUUUCGGGUUAGGUAUAUGUAAGCAUAUAAAAUUUAACGGCCCUAAUCAACAAGGGAAAAUAAAAGGCAAAUGGAAUGAUAGGGAGGACAGAGAAAAGGAUGCGAAAGAGAUUUUCAGAAGUUACACUCCUAUUUAUGUAGAUAAAAAAAAGAAAGAGGUUCAUUUUGUCAUUCGAAUAUAUAGCCCAGAUAAGCAGUUUGUGGAUGGUGGCAAAAUGAGUAUCCAUUUGGACAAAAUGCGAAAUAAUGAAAUGGUUAAAAUUGCGGGUCCCUUUGGGGUUUUAGAUUAUAAGGGGAGUAACCAAUUUAGUUACCUGUCCAAGGCUGUGCAGAUUAAGAGGCACAUCGUUAUGAUAGCUGGGGGAACCGGCAUGACUCCCUUUUUUCGGCUGAUAAAGCACAUGCUCCUGUUUGACGUUAGGAAGGGCGAGGGGGAGCAGCCGUUCGUCACGCUCAUAUACGCCAACAGGAACGAGGAGGAGAUUCUACUCAAGGAGGUUUUCGACGAGUACGAGCGGACCUUCGAACGGUUCAAAGCAGUGUACAGCAUAGACCAGUGCCUGGACCCCACCAAGAAGGACACGUUCGAAAAUGUAGGAUACCUAACGGAGGAUCUUUUGCGCAAGUACAUUCUCAAGUAUCAGAAGCUAGACGUCCAGGUUGACAACAGCGACACGCUCAUUUUGAUGUGUGGCCCUCCCCCUAUGACGGCUUUCCUUAAGAAGAUUCUGAAGGAGGACAUUAAAAUGGAAAAUGUCAUAACGCUUUAG